AUGGCGCUCAGCACCCGCCUUGCUUUGCGCCUCCAGCCUGCCCUGGCAGCUCUGCACCGGGCAGCCCCCGGACAAUGCCGGGGGCUCAGCACCCCCUCAGGACCAGGGCACACACUCGACCUCAGGGGCAUCUUCCCGCCCCUCGCCACCCCCUUCUCACCCACGCAGGAGGUGGACUAUGCCCGGCUGGAGGGGAACCUGCACCGCUACGCCAGCAUCCCCUUCCGAGGGCUGGUGGUGCUGGGCUCCAACGGGGAGUACCCCUACUUGUGCUACUACCGGGGGGCCAUGACCAGCGCUGCCCUGAUCCGGCACUACACGGAGGUCGCCGAUGCAUCCCCCAUCCCCGUGGUGCUCUACAGUGUCCCUGCCAACACAGGCCUGGACCUGCCCCUGGAGGCUGUCCUCACCCUGGCUCAGCACCCCAACAUCCUCGGGAUCAAGGACAGCGGUGGGGAC